AUUAACAAAUUUUUUUCCUAACUUAUGUAUCUUUUAUCAUAUUAUUAAUUAUUAAUUAUAAUUAUUGUUCCAAAAAUAUUUCGUAAUCCAUAAGUAAUCAUUUUAUCAAAUUGUUCAUUAGAAUUUAUUACAAAUUCAUCGAAGCAUUCUGUUUAAUUGUACAAUACGUACAUUAGUGAUUGUGCACACUGUAUAAUGAGUUGGACAGUAGUGCAUUUCAUCAAAGAAGAAUCAGUAGAGGCUGUUCCAACAUCGUGGAUACAUGGUGAAACUUGUUAUUGGCCACCAUUUAUUGGUUCAAAAUUGGCAAAUUGCAUUAAUAAUUGCGAAAAACCUAUGCUAAAUACUUGGACGCUCCAUAAAAUCAGGGAACUUGGCAAUGGACAUACUUAUGACACUUUACACAAAGCAAAAGAAAAAGCUGCAUUAGCAGAAGAAACAUCUGAUUUAACAUCUAAUUAUGAAUUUGCAAAAAGAAACCGUAAGAGGAAAAGACAUUUUGGCGAUGAGGAUGAUUCACCAUUUAAUAGUUCGCUCGAAGAUGAAAUAACAUCGAAUUUAAAACUACCAGAACCACCAAAAAAAAAAGAUAUUGACAAGACAGAUAAACAGUUAAGCACACAAUUAUCUUUAAUAAACAAGGAAAUACAAAAAAAUGCACAAAUGCAAAAUAAAGUUAUUUACAGGAAGAAAAUAAUAAAAAAUAAUAAAAAGAGACCAAUAUCUAUAAAAACAUAUAAGUAA